UGUUUGGAAACGAUACUUCCGUUUACUUCUUCGGCACGUUAACAUCUGGUCGAAUAAUUUUAACGCAUAUUACUGUUACAACCUCUAUAUCUCUUGUAUCAGAUGCCAUUUGUUGCAGGCGGUGCUCAUUAGGAUAUGCAGACUGUGCUCAGGCUGGCAGCAGUAGCGGUCCCUAUGGGUUUGCUGCUCUCCAGAACCAUGGCAUGGAUAUCUAGUGGCAAAACUCAUGCAGAACUCAUCACACGUUUAAGAGAUCAUGGGGUUAUCCGAAGUGAUCGAGUGUUUAAUGCUAUGCUUGCCACUGAUAGAGGGAUUUAUUCCGGAGACCACCCUUAUUCUGACUCUCCCCAGUCCAUAGGAUACAAGGCUACCAUCAGUGCUCCUCAUAUGCAUGCACAUGCCCUUGAGGUUCUCAGUGACAACUUAACAGAAGGAGCCUCAGCCUUGGAUGUGGGCUCAGGAAGUGGCUAUCUUACUGCAUGUUUCGCCAGAAUGGUAGGCCCCUUGGGAAAGGUGGUGGGAAUUGACCACAUAGAAGAGCUGGUGCAAGCCUCUGUGAAAAAUGUCAAGGCAGAUGAUCCAGAGUUGCUUGCCUCUGGACGAAUUAAACUAGUGGUGGGUGACGGUCGGUUAGGUUUUCCUGAUGAAGCUCCCUAUGAUGCCAUUCAUGUUGGAGCAGCUGCUCCUACACUUCCUAAAGCUCUCUUGGAGCAGUUGAAACCAGGAGGGAGAUUAGUUUUGCCUGUGGGCCCAGAGGGUGGAAGCCAAGUUCUCGAGCAGUAUGACCGACAGAGUGAUGGCACGUUCCUCAGGAAAGCACUGAUGGGUGUGGUUUAUGUCCCACUGACAGACAAACACCGCCAGUGGCCAAGUGAUGAGCUCUGAUUGCAGUAUCGUUGCCCUUGCAGGAGAUGGCGAUGGUGCUGUGGUUCAGCAAGCCAUUAGGCCUGAGAGAAGGCCUCGCAUCCCAACUCACCCUGCUGCCUAGCAACAUACUUGCCUGGAUCAUUCUGAUUCUUAAAACUGAAGUGCAAAAUGCAGCAGUUGCUAGAGGACAGAAAUGAAUGCACUUAUCAGAAGGUUUCCGAGGAGAUGUCCCUUCUUUUACCUAAACUGAGUGAUCAAGGACUUUGCUAGGAAGGCUUUAUAUCUAAGACUUGUGUGAUCUUAGUAUGCUUCAUAAAUGGUCAUAGGUUCAGCUUUAACAUACCAUACAGCAAGAGGAGUAAUGCAGAUAGAAAACAGUUACCUUGAAAUGUAGCUACUCCCAUGCUACCUUUGCAAGAUUAAUCCUUUUGAUGUGUAAUUACCACUGUUAUAUGCCAAGGCAUUAAUAAAUAACAAACAAACAUAGCUUAUACUUGUAAUUAUUGAAAUAAAGAAUGAGUUUAAAACGUAUUCUCUAAAACACUUUUCUCUUAUUGCAUGCAUGGCAAUUUUCAGUUAAUGUGUUGCUAUUGUCUAAUCUGAUUUUGUAAUAAUCUACAUGUAAUUAAAUGUACACAAACUAUAAUGCCUUGUACUUUUAUAAUCAAUAUAAAUAUGCUUAUACAAUACAGUGGCAAAUGGCAAAAAGUAUGUGAACCCUUUGGAAUUAGCUGGUUUUCUGCAUUAAUUGGUCAUAAAAUGUGAUCUCAUCUUCAUCAAAGUCACAAGUACAGAGAAACACAAUGUGCUUAAGCUAACCACAUAAAAACAAUUAUAAUCUUAAUUGUCUUUGUUGAACACAUCCCAAUAAACAUUCAAAGUGCUUUGGAAAA